AUGUUUAACUGCACAUUAAGGACCUUAUUGUGCAGCCUGAAUUUUCAAAAUUUUGAACUUGUUUUAGUAGAUACAUGCAUUAACUUCAUCCAUUGGCCACAGACUCUGCUUUUCUAUGAAUUUAAAACUAUACGAUUACCAAAUAUCAGAAUUUAUAUAAAGCCAAAUGACAACGGAAACUUUGAAAGAGGAGGAUAUCGGUAA